GUACAUUGUCGUUGUUGCCAGCAUCCACCUUCGGUGAUCGACAUUGCUGCUUCACCGAAUCAUUAGAUUCAGAGCUGCUUAAUUACUCCAUUGCCUUGCCGCCAAAUCAGGAUCUUCCUGCACUGCUCUGUGUCUUGCUACAGGUAUCCUUGAGCAAUGGAAGCAAAUGCUGUCAACAGGAAUGGCAGCUCUGAAGAGGUGAACGUGCCAUUGGCCUUGUUUGCUGUGGAAUGCAACAGCAAGAAGCGGCUGCUGUUUGAUGUUUCGAGUGGAAAUAUCCGCGGAAUAAGCAGCACGCUAUUUCCAGAUGCCUUUGUCAAAUUCGAGAACUCCGGCUGGCUUCUCAUGGUCCGACACAAGCCAUUUUACUUCCAAGAGCAGAUUGUCUUCCUGGUCCACCCUAGCACCGGCAGGCGGAUUGACCUGCCGGUGCUUCACUCUCCCAACAAAGGAUACUUUGUUUUCUAUGUUGAUCCUCGUGGAACUCCUCUGGUUGUUGCGUGCGUCCAAAUCAUGAGUGUUGUUCCGACUGUCCAUGUCGUGUGUCCUGGGGACGUGUACUGGUGCGUCCACAAGCAUACCAGCAAUCUUUACCUUUCAGAAGCAAUGUGCAGACCAAUCGACAACACGUUGAUCAUGGACGUGGCUCUGAUCGGGACAUGGGUUGUUUGCGCCGAAUUCCUUGGGCAGAUCCUGAUCUUCGACAUCACAGAGAUGACAUGGAGAACGGCCUCUUGUCCAGAGUGGAGCAUACAAGAUUCCCAUUACCUUGUUGCGUCCAAUGGGGAAGUUGUGAUCGUAUCGUGCCUUCGAGCGACGGGGGGAAGUGCUUUCAAGUUCUUCAAGCUGGACAUGGAAGCUUUGGAAUGGUCGCCACUUGAUGGCCAGGAGCUGGAUGACACCAGCUGGUUUCUGUGCAAGGGUCAGUCUAUCCGUGUGAAGGAGGAAGGCGAGAGGAAAGUCUACACAUUCUAUCCAAGACGAUGCAGUGGCUUAGUGUCAGAGAGCUCAGAUGGAACGAAUGCAACCAUGUAUUUUACUGGCACAUCAGGGCCUGCCACAUUGAAGACCAUCACAAAUAUAUAUGCAUACGAUUUAGUUGCUGGGACUGUCGAGACAAUUAUACCGACGUCGAUUGUAACGGAAGUGCGCCGUUGGGUUCAACCUGGUAUAUUUGCUACUCCAACAAAAUAAUCCGAUGUACAGAGGACACCUCAAAGGUGAUUUUACUAUGUUUUUAUCACUCUAGGUGUUGAAUUCGUGUAGUUCUCUUUAGUGAGCAUAUUCGUUUUCUCUCACUUUUUUCAAGCUGUAGCAGCUGUGUACUGCUCAAGGAAUGAUG